AUGGCCGAACAAAUUCUAAAUUCGAGAAACAAGGCCUUACAAAUGUCCUAUCGUAUAGGCAAGGGAGAGCAACGCGUCCUCAGCUUUGAACCAUACAAGUCAUCCCUACUACCACUUUGGCAGUUUCGCACACCAGAGAUUGCACGCAAAUCUUCGCAGGCGCUAUGGGAACGAUUUGAGGCAUAUUACGAGGCCAACGACUUCGUGGGGAUGGACAUGACGCGAAAAUUCAUCCAAAUGGGCAUGUCACGUGCGAAGCGAUAUGCGAAUCAUGCUGGAGGAAGAAAGUAUGACAAGGCGACGGGCAGAGAGCUCGAGAAAAGCCGUACCCAUAAAGACCAUAAAGAUAAGCUAGAAGCUUCAAAUAUUUUCAAGGCAUACUGGAUAAAGUGCAAGGAGCAUGAGGGCUACUUGAGGAAGAAGGAAGCCUUUUUGAAGGAGCAGAAAGCGUGGGAUAGAGAGCAUGCUGACGGAAGAGCAAAGAAAGACAAAUGCUUUAGUCAAUUAAUUAACGAAGACUGAGAGCAGAGGUCAUGACGUCGUUUUCGAUCGCCCGUCAUCGUCCGCCUGCGUGUGCAUCUGAACGAAAGCCAGUGAGCUUAAACA